AUGUUGGGGCAGAGCAUGGAGAGGGUUACCACCUCUGUGGUCCGAAGGAGCCACUUCAAGGAGGGCCCUGGGAAGAAUUUGCCAUUUUCGGUGGAAAAGAAGUGUUGGUUACUGAUUAUGAUGACUGUGUUCUUUGGGCCUGGAUUUACUGCACCUUUCUUUACCAUCAGACACCAACUGCUUAAGAAAUAA